AUGUCGGAGCAGGAGAACCCGAGGGAACGCUUUGCUAGACGACGAACAUCGUCAGUUACAAGUCGCUCGGAUGAAAGCGUUAAAAGAGUUAGCAUGGCAGGCCCAUCCAUGUCUCGGCGACUCUCUGGUGCUUCGUACAGUUUACAUUCAUCUACURCUYUAAAGAACAGAACUCAUGGUGUCGCAGUCGAGGACGCAUCUUUCCCAGAUCCCCGCAAGAGAGGAUUAAAAUACGAGAAUACUUAUCGUAUGGAGCCGAAGAUGGUUUUCCCUGAAAUAAAAGUACGUAAAAUUGUCAAGGACGCUCUUAAUACACUUGAAAACCAMAAGUACGACCCAAGGUUCUCCAGCACUCAGUCCAAGCUUUUAAGUCAAAGGAUCCUGGACGAAGUACGUCUGUUAAACAUUGAAAGGUACAAGCUUGUUUGUCUUGUUAGURUUGGGUCUAAAGCAAGACAGGGACUACGAAUGGCUAGUCGUUGUUUAUGGAACACUGAACAUGAUACUGUAGUAUCUGAAACUUUGGAAAAAAACGCUUUUUUCGCUGUCGCUAGUUUGUAUGCUUUCUAUUUUGAAUGA